UGCUAUGGUGAAAAAUCCGCUUGGCGCGUGACGGUCACCCGCCACUUUUCGUGUAGCGGACAAACAAAUUGUUGUGCGUAAAAUUAUGCGAGUAAACACAUUGCCCUCCUUGAUCAGACGGGUAAAAGGAGAUUUUUUCAAAAAAAUAGGAAGGAGAAGUUUAGAGUACACGCCUUAAUUAGUAGUUCUAACUUCUAUUGACUAUUAGUCUAGUAAAAUUAUAAUAAUACAUACCUAAUAUUAUGUUUAUUACGGCCCUUGUAGGUUUACUUAUACUAUACUGAAAGUACACAUUUGGACAUUGCACAGUGCGGAUUCGGAGUAUUUUUUCGUUAAACGUAUAUUUAAAAGUAAUGGAUAACAUCCUUAAAAUACUGUCAAGGUUUUUACUUAUAAAUAAUGUUAUGCUCACGGGCCUCGACAAAGAACGAUGGGAAUAUUCAGUUUGUAGUCGGUGGCCAUUACAAUUCUAACGUUUGCUGUAAUAGUACGCAAGUAGCUGUAUUGCAUUUCAACGAUAAAAAAUGAACUGGUUUAAAUGUAUUGCUAUAGUAUUCUUUACUGCAGUGUCUUGUGAACCAAUAAUAAAUACUAAAAAUGGACAACUUAAAGGGAAAAUCUUAGAAUCUCGUGAUGGUCGUAAAUUCUAUUCAUUUACAAGCAUACCUUAUGCAAAACCACCAAUUGGUGAUCUACGGUUUAAAGCUCCAGAACCAGCAGAACCUUGGAAGGGAACAUUGGAUACAACAAAAGAAGCGACUAUGUGUAUUCAAAGCAAUGAAGUAUUUAUUAAGCAACCCGAAAGUUUAGUAUUAGGUGAUGAAGAUUGUCUGUAUUUAAACAUUUACACGCCAAAUGUCAAUGGAAAAUUACCAGUGAUGUUUUGGAUACAUGGCGGUGCUUUUGUGGUCGGUAGUGGUGGUACGGGUGGACCCGAUUAUUUUAUGGACAAGGACGUGGUCUUGGUUUCUAUCAAUUACCGUCUCGGUUUACUUGGAUUUCUCAGUACAGAAGACGAAGUGAUUCCCGGUAAUUUCGGGAUGAAGGAUCAAGUGAUGGCUUUACGUUGGGUAAAGGAAAAUAUCGGCCACUUUGGAGGAGACCCUAGUAGUGUAACAAUUUUUGGCGAAAGCGCCGGAGGAGCCAGCACUGGAUACCACUUGCUAUCGCCUAUGAGCAAAGGACUUUUCCAUAAGGCUAUUCUUCAAAGCGGUACUCCUCUUUGCAGGUGGGCAGUCUCCGCGCCUGGUUUAAUUCGCCAACGUACCGAGGCCGCCGCGACAAUAGCCGGCUGUAAUAUCGACGACUCAGAAACUAUAUUGGAAUGCAUGAAAUCACUCCCGGCCAGCGUUAUUACAAAUCUGUACGUCAAAUUGUUUGUAUGGAAGGCACAUCCAACCGUAUUGUUCACUCCUGUAGUUGAGAGGUGUGUUCCUGGCAACAAUGCUUUUAUCUGUCAUCACCCAUUUAUUGAGUUCAAACAAGAGUCCCACGUUCCAGUUAUCAUUGGUCUAAACUCGGCUGAAGGUGGACUACUCGCUGCAAAUAUGUUUAACAGCACAUCACUGGUGGAACAAGAGUUGAACACAGAUUACAGUCGUUUAAUGUCCAUAGUGAUGAUGUAUAAUAACUUCGCAUUACCAAAACAUUUGGUUGAAAUCGGUGAACGCAUAUUGAAAAAAUAUUAUCCAACAGGGUCUAUUGAUGACCACACUCAUUCAAAUGCCGUCGAAAUGUUUGGCGACGGUGCUUUUCUUCAAUGUGUUGUUGACAUGGCUGAAAAGCUAACUUCACCAGUGUAUUUUUAUCUGUAUGAUCACCAGAAUGAAUUCUCUUUUAACAAGUUAUUUGGGAAAUGCGAAAAACCACUUGGUGUGACUCACGCCGAUGAACUUAACAGUUUAUUCAACCUCAAAUUUUUAUCCCGAAAAUAUUUGAACGAAAAAGACUUGGCUGUCUCCAAGUUGAUGAUUAACGUUUGGACAAAUUUUGCUUCGUCUGACCAUGUUACAAUUGACGGCUCAGUCAAUGGACAAUCCUGGCCUAGACAUACUCAAAUUGAAAAUUCGUUGAUGGUUUAUAUAAAUUCCUCUCAGCCUAAAAUCGAUCAGAAUCCAUUUCAAGACAAAUAUAGAUUUUGGGAAGGUCUUCCUACUUUAUCUCGUCUACAGCACUAUGCGUCACAAAACCAUAACGGUUCUACAUAUACGAUCAAAAAUGAGCUAUAAUGUGUAAACUUCUGUUUAAGAAAUCAUGAAGAUUUUAGUUAAAUUGUUAAUUGUUUUUAAAAAGCUUAUCAGAUUUUAAUAAUCGUGGGAUCAUAAAAUAGCUUUAACUCUUUGUUUCACUGAUAUAAUUCUAAUGAUUAUUAUUAUUAAUUAUUAGUAUUAUGUACUUCUAUUAAGCACAUUAUCCAUUACCUAUGUAUUUAUAUU